CAAAAAAAAACAUCGUUUUCAAUUUCAGAAUUCGGACACGCAUAAUGUACCAAAAUCAAACGCCAUCACUUCAGGGACAGAACUUCCAAUUCUUAGUAUUUAAACGUUCAGAGCUAUUCAAUUUCAAUUUCAAGUCAUAAACCCCCACUCUCUCUGUAUCCAUAUCAAUUUGAGAUCUCAAAACCAAAGCGAGAGAAAUGACCAUGGAUGUUACUCAGUUGCAGAGGAAGCUUCGCGACCACCAAGCUUUUAUGUUUCAACAGGGGUUUCUGGAUGAUCAGUUUUCCCAGCUUUAUAAACUGCAAGAUGAGACUAGUCCAAAUUUUGUGAUCGAUGUCGUGACUCUCUUCUUUGAUGAUUCUGAGAAUCUCCUCAAGAACAUGGCGCGUGCUAUAGAACAAAUACCUGUGGAUUUCCAACAAGUAUAUGAUCCUGUCCAUCAGUACAAGGGAAGCAGUGCCAGUGUUGGCGCUGCUAGAGUUAAAAAUGUCUGCACCACCUUCAGAAAUUUUUGUGAGGCUAAAAACCUCGAAGGGUGUGUGAGAUGUCUGCAACAAUUGCAACUUGAAUACUCUCAGCUGAAGAAAAAUCUGCAAUACUUACUUCUGCUGCAGCAAGAAAUCAAGGCUGCUGGUGGCUCUAUUCCUAAAAUAGAUUAGAUGCAGGUGACAUGGUGGCCAACCGUUGAAAAUGGGAACAAAAUAAAGCUUUAGAUGGAUCAGCUGUUUUCUUUUUCUUUUUCUUUUUUUCAGGAUUAUUCGCUCUGAACUAUAACACAAGUUUGAAUGAUGGGAAAUAAGCAUUUCUUGCCUAGUUUGUUACAUAUACGAUUCUUUCUUAUUCAAAGUUACAUGUGUGUACUAAAUGAGCCGAUAAAGUUUGUAUUGACAGGCCUGUUAAUUGUCUUUAAAGAAAAUGGAUCUAUUAGGGUGUGA